GUCGCAUCACGCCGCGGGCGCAGUGGCCCCGCAGAGCGCGUGCGAGUGGCUGCCGCUGACACAGUGUCAGUGCGUCUUGUCCCGCGGAGGCACCGACACCGCGCCCGCGCCCGCCACCGCCGCCGCCUCGAGCGCUACGCUGCUGACCUGUAUAAAGCAGAGGCCCCGCGAACACUCGCACGCAGUUACAGCCCGGACACGAUAUUCCGUGCACUCACUAGCCACGCGUCUUACACUCCAAAACAAUUCGGGACAAUACACUUACAAGCGGCGAAGUCAGUUUACCUAUCUGUUAUAAUGACUGAACACGAAUGGGGAUACACAUGCGAAAACGGUCCUGCAACUUGGACAGAGAAGUUCCCAGAAGCGAGAGGGGCUCGUCAAAGCCCCGUGGAUAUAGACACGUCCCGAGCUAGCAGUGGCGGAAGCGCACCACCACUACUAUGGAGAUACUCAGUUAACCACACACGCUCUGUCGUCAAUCCGGGGUACUGUUGGCGAGUCGAUGAAAACGGCUAUGACUCAGAAUUACGUGGCGGCCCACUUGGAUCUGAUGUUUAUAAACUACAACAGUGGCAUUGCCACUGGGGUGCAGUCAACGGCGAGGGCUCAGAGCAUACAGUGGACGGCCGCUCCUUUUCUGGGGAGCUACACCUUGUGCACUGGAACACCACUAAAUAUCACAGCUUUACCGAGGCCGCCGGACAGCCUGACGGAUUAGCAGUCUUGGGAGUUUUACUAAUGGUUGGAAGAAAACAUAAUGAAUUGGACAAAGUUAUAAAACUCUUACCGUACAUUCAGCAUAAGGGCGACAAAGUGACUAUGGCAGACCCAUUGGAUCCAGCGAAGUUACUACCGCAUCGCGAAGCGUACUGGACCUAUCCUGGCUCGCUUACUACACCACCUUGUACUGAAUCGGUCACAUGGAUCCUCUUCAAAGAUCCCGUGGAAGUAUCUGCUGAACAGUUGUCACUGAUGAGGAAACUGAGAUGCGGGGAGGCGUCGUGCGGUGUCGAGGCCAUGGAGCUACUACACAACUACCGCCCCACGCUGCCGCUCGGCAACCGUGAGCUAAGGGACUACGGGGGCAACUAACCUGAUGACACCUGCCUAGCAAAGGACCAUUAGUGAACAAUCAUUUCGCUUUAGAAGCACACUGAUGCUAUUAGAAAUACAAAAUGUGACAGUAUGUGAACUUCCUAAGCGGCGCAACAAAAUGUGAUAUUAAUCAUAAUCGCCGCAUGUAGGCGUGUGUGUUAUGUGCUUGCGUGAUCUGUAAAAAGGUACUUACCUACUGUUUAUAUUGAUAAUGACGACAACCAACCUGUCGAUAAAAUAUUUCAGUAAUAAUUUUAAAAUAAAUUGGAUAAUUAAUAAUUGAGACUGACUCAAUACAUUAGGAGAAGGUGCUUAAUACUAUUAAUUUUCAAUUUUUUUCUCUAAAUUAUAUUAUGAUCAGACGUCACAUUAAUCAAUAUUGUCACAAGCAAUUAUAAAAAAAAUGUGUAACGCAUUUUUAAUAUAAAAUUUAAAACAAUUGACCAUUUUUACUUGAAACCAGUUUAAGUUCAACUAAUUUAUCAUAAAUGUAGAGUUAUUAAGUGAAUAGACAAGUGCCUUAAGGCUAUGCAGAAGCCUUAUGUUUCUCAGUGCUUAUAUUUUCUAGGCAUGUAUUUUAUAUAAAAAUAGCCUAAGAUAUCCAUCGGUGUAGAAGUCGGGUUUGACCAUAAAACAUUAUUCACUGGGGCUGUUUACGUAGGUAUAUAUAUUUUAAAACAUUUGUAAUAAACGCAAUACCUAUAUUUAUUACGUCCAUACGUGCCUACUUUUAAGAGUUACUAUUAGCUGUUAAGAUUACCAUAUGAAAAUAUAAUUAAAUUGUACAAUGUGUGUUUAUUAACAACAGUCAAUAUACUUAUUUUAAUUAUACUUUUUAAAAUUAUAAGAAAUUAUUAGUCCAAAACAAAUUAUAAGUAGAUAGUAGAAAUCCCUCUAUUAUGUGCGUACAGUCAACUCAAAAUAUUUUGUUAUUUAGUUUUUAUAACAUAUUUUCGUUCACAGUACCUAAAAGUAAUAAUACUUAAGGUCAUAUAAUGCUGACUGUACAAUCAUGUAGAGAAGAACGAGUCAAUGAGUCACAGAGCUAUAGAAGACAUCUAAAGCUCUCUAGACUGGACCUUUAAUAUGUGAAAUUAAAAAAUUUAAAUUUAGAAGCAACACGGAGCCUGUGCAGACAAGAUAACCCUUGGGAUACUUCUUUGUGAAAUUUCUACACAUAUCGACUGAACUGUAUACUUGGCUCGUAUGAUAAACGAGUCGAAUUAUAUACUACAACCCUACAUGUAAAUUUAAAUCGUUUAUGCACGAGUCUUUGCAAGGACACGGUUUAUAAAAAGGAAAAUGUGUACUGUAUAUCUGUGCAAGCCCUAAGAAUCUAUUGUUUUGAAAACAACCUAAAUUUAAAAAUUGAGGUCCAUCCUGAUUUAUUCGUCACACUAUAUGUGAUACGAUACUUAUAUAUUUUGUAAAAUAAUAUUGUUACCUUUUAAAGUAAAUAUGUGCCUCGAAUAAUAAUUACGUUCACGUCACAGUUAUGUUAACUGUUUCGUAGAACAAUGCCUGCAGUAUAUACGUAAAUAGGUAAGUGUUGAUUAUUUAUGAGUUAAUGUUUACUUUGUAGAUUAUCGUAGUAUUUGCCAGCGUACCAACAAUAAAUAAUUUUCACAAAA